UUCGAGCAGUCACGCUAUGACCGUCGGGGUGAACGCACGCCUGCACCCUUAACUAACAGACACGUAAAUCUUAACUUAAAAAUAUAUAUCAAUACAUAAAAAAUUGAUAAAUAUAUAUUUUUUGUGAUAAUGGCAUUUUGAACUGUAUGAAGUGAGUUUGAAUAUGGUUUUCGUUAUUUUUAUUUAACCGGGAUGGUAACCUGUGAGUGGUGGAUAACCUAGUUCUGCUAACAAUUACGAUGGUAGGCCACAUUGAAAUAUGGAGAUGAAACGUCAUGAAAAGCCGGGCACGUUAGCGCCCAAUAAUCCGGCUGGCAGAAAGGAGGACGAAGGAAAAAGUUCACGAUCUAGUAGCAAAUCAGAGCUCAAACUGAUCCCGGACAAAUCACCAUCUGAUGAUGGUUUAAGAAAAGAAAGACGGUUGUCCAAAGCAAGCGAUAGUUUUAAAGAUACUCUUGAAAGACAAGAUUCCAAAGCAUCGACAUUGAGUCCAAAGGUAUCGCGGAAAUAUUUCCACAACUGGAAACAGGCAUGCGAUAAAACAAAAGAUAAAACAAAGGAGCUUCUGAAACGUUGGAGGACAUUGCCAGAAUCUGAAGUCGCUGGAACCCAGAUGCAACAAGAGGGAAGUGAAAACGAUAAACAUCACGGUUGGAGUGUUCAUGUGUGGACAACAUGGGUUAAUCGGUGCAGUGAAGAUUUAGAAUGUUUGGAUCUAGAAGAAGAGCAGCCCUUAGCACAGCUGAGUUCUGUUCAAUCGGACAAAAUGACACUUUUCUUUACCGAGCUCCUAGACCAUGACAGAGAUGACGUGAUCUGUGAUCAGGAUUUUGAUAAUUUUUUUGAGAAACUUGCUCACUUUGCCGAUUGGUCGACAAAUUCAUCCGAGUUCCACAUACUGUUGGAAGUCAAGAGAGAAUUUAUAGAACAUUUCAUUAAUCCACUACCCACCAAAUUUGCUGAGCUGGCCUAUUAUAGGAGAGUGUGUGGACCCGAGGCUGGCGGCAUUCCGGGUCGUACCACUUUAGAAGGCUGGUUAGCAAGAUGGGCGCUGCAAUUGAGCGAAAUGAAGCGAUUCGUAGACCUACCGUUGUAUCUGCAGUACCUUUGCAAAAUCCUUUUCCACGUGGUGGAUAGAGAAAGUACAGGUGACAUAUCUAAAACAGCUUUAGCCGCGUUUUACCGUUCUGUCAUCGGUUUGCCAGCGGCUAGAGUUGAAGAAAUCAUUGACACAGCGUACGCCAGAAUGACAAGUAAUAAUUACCUAAUACUCGACUACGGAACCUAUGUCCACUGCUUUACUAAUUGGUUAAUGGGUAAGAACCCUAAUGGUCCCGGACAGUGGGUGCUGGUUCCUCCUACAGAUCCGUUACCGCAGCCGCCAUUUCCGGUUGACUACAGCGCUUUGAACACGGAACCAGCGAAAUUAGAACCUUAUGCCCCAGACAAAAAGACCAAUAGGCAUUCAGUUAUCGUUUAAUAUUAGUAAAUUGUAUUUAGCAAUAGGGUAAUAAUAAUACUCAUACAAUUGAUAUGUUUGCAACCUCCAAGUGUAGGCUACUUGAAACUUGAUCCAACGCUUUCUAUGAAAUUUUAAAUUUCAAUUACAAGCACGUGAUAUCUAUAUUACUUUAAUUACAAAAAAAAAGAAUUAUAUAACAUUUAUAGGAAAUUUAUAGGAAAUUUAUGUUUCUUGUAUAUAGUUAAUUGUAAAAACAAUAAAACAAGUAUUUACUGUUCAAGUAUACAAGUGAUAUGAAAAUUAUUAAAAUAGGAACCCGCUUUUCAUGAUUAAUUAUCUAUUCGGCUUGCAUAUGAAAAUAAAAAGUUGGCUUUAUUCUCAACUUGAGUAUUUCGACCAAUUACUAGAAUAGAAUAUGUAAGUUAUUAGGAGCUUCAUAUGUAGUAAGUAAAUUAUUGUAAAGCUAGACGCUCUAUUCUGUAACAUCGAAAAAUAUUUAAACACAUCCAUGGGUACUUAAAAUCAUAUACAAAAUUUCAAACACUUGAAAGAGAACGGUUACAGAGUAAAGCUUCUAUUGCACGAUAUGGUAAGCGAGAACUGCCUUAGUGUAAGCGUCUUCACGUUUCACGAUACAGCCUUAUUUUGUACCUUAGAUAUAAUCUAAUAAUAAGGUAAUGUUCACACUGAUCCACUCGAAUAAAUGAAAUCUUUAUUAAA